GUCUCCCCCUCCCAAAAUCCACUUCUCAUUUUCGUUUCUCUCUCUCUUAAGUUUUCUCUGCUAAGACAAAAACUGAAAAAGUAUUAUUCUGAUUUAAGAACAAAAACACAUGGCUGCUUCUUCUAUGGCGCAUCCCCAGUCCAUCUCCAUCAGGAAGCCCAGAACAAGAGACAAAAUUCACUCUGCUCUACACUCACCUUCUGUGAUCACUUUUCCAAAAGGCCCCUUUGAAAUACAAACAAUCACCGAAAAGGACUCACCGGCGAAGUCUUCUCCGCCCACGGCUCUGCCGCUGCCACUACCAAAGUGGAACAUUCUACAGAAAGCCGCAGCCAAGGCGUUGGACGCGAUGGAAAUUGCGUUGGUCUCAAGAGAGCAGCGGAUAUCACUCCCUAAAGCUACUGAUCCUCGUGUCAAAAUCACCGGAAAUUUCGCUCCGGUACUGGAGACCGCCGUCAGGCACAAUCUUCCUGUGACAGGCACUAUUCCCGACUGCAUUAAUGGUGUUUACUUGAGAAAUGGUGCCAACCCUCUAUUCGAACCUGUCGCCGGCCACCAUCUCUUCGACGGCGAUGGGAUGAUACAUGCAGUGACGAUCAAUAGUGGCAACUUCGCGAGCUAUGCUUGCCGCUUUACCGAGACUAAAAGGCUUGUUCAAGAACGUGAAUUAGGCCACCCCGUGUUUCCAAAAGCCAUUGGAGAGCUCCACGGGCACUCUGGUAUAGUCCGGCUCCUUCUUUUCUAUGCACGUGGCUUAUUUGGGCUUGUUGAUCACAGCCAUGGGACCGGAGUAGCCAAUGCGGGACUGGUCUACUUCAAUCAAAGACUAUUAGCCAUGUCUGAAGAUGAUCUUCCCUAUCAAGUGAGGAUCAAGCCCUCUGGUGAUCUUGAAACCAUAAGCCGCUAUGAUUUUGAUGAGCAAUUGAGGACGACAAUGAUUGCUCACCCAAAGAUUGAUCCUUUUUCUCGUGAGCUCUUUGCUUUAAGCUACGAUGUUGUUAAAAAACCAUACCUGAGGUACUUCAAAUUCUCCGCCGACGGAAAAAAGUCACCGGACAUUGAGAUACCGUUGGACGUGCCGACUAUGGUUCACGAUUUCGCGAUCACCGAGAAUUACGUGGUGAUUCCCGACCAGCAAGUGGUUUUCAAGCUUCAAGAAAUGAUAAAAGGUGGCUCUCCAGUGAUUUAUGAAAAAAACAAGAAAUCUAGGUUUGGGAUUUUAUCAAAGACAGCUGAAAAUGCGAACAAUAUUAUUUGGGUUGAUUGCCCGGAUACCUUUUGCUUUCACUUGUGGAAUGCUUGGGAGGAGCCGGAGACUAAUGAAGUCGUGGUGAUCGGCUCAUGCAUGACUCCACCGGACUUGAUUUUCAACGAAUGCAAUGAAAAACUAAAGAUUGUUUUAAUAGAAAUUAGGCUGAAUCUGAAGACUGGUGAAUCGAAAAGGCUGCCUAUUAUUCAUGCAUCAGAGCAAAUCAAUUUAGAAGCCGGAAUGGUGAACAGGAACAGGCUUGGUCGAAAAACAAGGUAUGCCUAUCUUGCAAUUGCUGAGCCAUGGCCUAAAGUUUCAGGCUUUGCUAAAGUCGACCUCUCAUCCGGACAAGUUCAGAAAUUCAUGUACGGAGACGAAAAAUAUGGAGGUGAACCAUUUUUCUUGCCGAAUGAUUCAAAUUUUGAUGGAGAAGAAGAUGCUGGGUAUAUUCUUGCAUUAGUCCAUGAUGAAAAGACAUGGAAAUCUGAACUUAAGAUAAUAAAUGCUAGGAGUUUGAAAUUGGAAGCCAGUAUUAAGCUUCCAUCAAGAGUGCCAUAUGGUUUUCACGGGACAUUCAUAAGCUCAGGUGACUUAAGAAAUCAAAGUAUGUAGUACAAAAUAAUAAUGUAUGUGCAUAUAUAUAUAUAUAUAUAUAUAUAUAUGAGCACUUAUUUUCUGAGUAUGAGUAAUAUGCCAGAUGGAUAUGGUAGAUAAAUGUCCCCAGACUCUCCUAAGUUUUCAAUUUCGACUUUUAUAAAAUAAAAAAUUUUGUGGGUAUUUUAUAAAGAAAUCUGCUUGAAGUUCUUGGCGUGUAGCUAUACUUUGAUCUCAGCUGGUUUCUGUUUCAUUUUUUCCCCUUUAUUUCUGGAAACUGAUCGGAACUCUGAUUACAGUAACAAAUGCAUUUACAGCACAGAUUAAUCUGCACGCAACACUAGAUUUUGGCUGCAUGUUUAUGUUAAAAAUAAUGCAAUUUUCUUC